AUGAGGACAUCUCUCCUAUUGACGUUUCUGAUUUUAUCUCUGCUUUUCAUCCUGGUUCUUCAGCAACCGAGUCAAUAUAAAGGAAAAAAUGUAAAAGGAGCUAUAAUAAAAGUAUAUGGCUUUAAGCUGGCAUUGCAGUGGCCAAAUGCCUAUUGUAAUACAGGAUACCAGAACUGUGAACUUCCAGUUCCACAAAAAUUCAAAAUACAUGGUUUUUGGCCUGUGGAUAACAACGGACAAGUAAUGCAUAAUGAAGACCAAUUUGGAAGAAACUACUUGAAGGAAGAGGAUGUGGCAGAUGUAAAGGAAGAAUUGGAUGAAAUGUGGCCGGAUCUUCGUCACGAAAAACAAAAGUUUUAUUUCUGGGCCGAGGAAUGGAGAAAGCAUGGAAAUGAUAUUGGAUAUACCCCAAACUCCUAUUUCAAGUUGGCUCUACUGUCACCGAUGAGGUUAGGGACGCUUGCACCACUAAGUGGACGGAAGACUAUGGUAGGAACUCCUUUGCAACAUCCAAUUUAA